GCUGGCACUAAAUAUAAAUUCGAUCAAAUUUAGAGAGUUUCUGUGAACUGGUGUGAGAUCAUUUGUUCACCAUGAGUAUUAUGAAAUGAAAGCAGGCAUGUUGUGGAGCUCCAGCUGGAGAUGUGGGAAAACUUGUGUUUAGAUCUCUGUAUCAUCAAAGAGAAAGCAUUAAAACUCAAACCAACGCGUUGGAAAAGCCUGUCAUUAGACGGCAGAGGGAGCACGAGUCCAGCAGACAGAGACUCUCCCUCCCCUGCACUACCAGCAAUUUAGGAUUUUUUUACACUGCCUUUCUGUGCUUGCCACACAAAACUCUGAUGCACUCUGUAUCCCUUUAUCUCUGCGAUGACAACAGUGGCUAAUUAUCUUUGGUCCAAGGUCAGAACAGAAAACACUGUUUUUUUCUUUGUUACAACUCUUUAAAAAUCUCCUGUCUCUCUUCCCAGAACAACAGACACUUUCGUCUACCUCAGAUAUGGGUGACACGCUGAUAAAAUCCAGCUGCCAGCACCUCUGAAGCUCAUUAAUUAACACAUUAUAGCUUUUUUGUUUAGUCCUCACAAAAAAGGAAUUGUUUUUAAAAAAAAAGAUAAUUCACUGUCGUACAAAGCUUACUUGCUGCUAUGUAUUGGACUAUUUCUUGGUUUUCUUGCUCCCAGCUAAGUAGUCAGACAACCACCCCACAUAAAACAGCAAACUGAUAGUGAUCUUUAUAGGCACUUGUAAGUGGAUUUUGUUUUCAUCAGACAGAGCUAAGCUACUUAAACCUGCUCCCCAUGCUCUUUAGACCAACUUGUUCCAGGCAACAUUUCUAUUUAAGCAGCAGGAAAAAUGUUGCUUCCAUCUGUUUUCUCCAUAUUUUCUACAGUCUCAUGCAAGCUACACACCUUUAGGAUGAUAGUUUGUUUGCAAUGAGUCCUACAUGCAAAGAGUAGGACGACACCUUCCGAUAUUUGUCUGCAAAUAAAUUAAGACUCAGAUAAAUCUAAAUCCAAUUGGGAACAUUUCCCUGUAUUAUUCUAUUACUACUCAGGAGUCUAGCAGCUGACCAAACCCACAUCAGUACGAACAGUAUGUCCCCUGACUCAAAAUAAAAAUCAUUUUUCUCAUCAUUAAAACCUUUGAAGACUGUGUAAACCCUGACCUUAUCAGUCGCAGGCUACUAAAAUCCAGUGUUGAUAGCAAUUAGUUUUUUCCCUGCGAAAGCCCAAGUUAAUGAUUAUGUUAUGAUCUGAUUAUGUUGUGAAACUGGAAGGAAGAUAAGGUCUUGUUUUUUUCCCCUAGACAUGACUAGUUCUGAUAAGAAAUGUUGCAUCCUGAAAUGCAUAUAAAAUUAUUAUAAAAUAUCUUUCCUGCAAUUAAGUAGCCUAAAAUUCACAUAAAUAUGCCUCCACAUGAAAACCUGGGCUGCAGCCCAUGUAUUGGAAGGCAUCUGCUUUGCUGCAGUGCUCUUGAAUUAGAAACUCACUUUAUUUCUGCUGGGUGAAACCCACCCGUAACUUGGUUGAAAGAGUAAACUGCUGUUUGUCACAAAUGUCACAUGUCUAUCAUAACUUGGUUAGGAUAAAUCAUUUAAGCUCAUUAUCCACUCAUGAGAAACUGGUUGGGAUACAGUCACUAACUUACAUCUUUUGUGUUGGUUUACAUUGCUUUCAUCUGUUUUGAUGGGAUGUCUCUAGAAGCCGUGUGGUGUCUUCACUGAUAAAAGCCUACAGUUCACAAUGGCCUAAUCUUGUCAUGCAUAAAUGUCCCGAAUCACCCUUUUGCCUUGAACUCGGUUCAAACAUUACUGCUUAUCUUGCUGAAAAGUUGUUGAAGUGGGUACUGAUUAAACUGAUCACUAGUGUGUGGCAUCAUUGCUUGAAUAAAAGCACAAAGGCGUUAGAAUCAAAAUAUAUUUAAAGUUCCAAAAAGUGCUCACGGUGCAUACUGACCCAUUUCGAUAUUGCAUAUUAUCUCUUCAUGCUGCCAGGUAGAUUAAUCCACAUCAUUAUCUCUUAGUUGAUUUAUACUUUGCACAAAUAAUCUGAAACUGCAAAGUGACUAGAAGCUAAUGUUGUCAAAUUAAUGUGAAGUGGAGUAAAAUGUAAUAUGUUGGCUUCCAAAAUGUAGUGGAGUCAAAGUAUUAAGUACGGAAAUGCUCAAGAGACAGUACAUCACAAUUGUACAGUAAAUAAGAAAAUUUACUUGAAGUAGUGAAUACAAGAAUGCACUGAACAUUCAACAGACUAAAAUGUGUUACCAUAAAACAAAGUGUACUUUUUUUCUAAAUAAGCCAUUUUGGCAGAUUACUCUAAAUAUAGUUAAAUGAACCCAUUUAUUCUACAAUUCAAAGCCUGAAUACAUGAAUACAGGAUUGCUGCAGUUUCUGCUGAGCUUCCCAUAAAGGCCUCUUGCCUUUGCAUGACUUAAAAUUGUCCAAUGGGUGUCUGCAAUGCUACUUAGCAACAUUUAGAGUACAGGCACGUGCACUUCUUUGGGGUAUUUAAAAGUGUGGAAUGUUGUUUAGAGAAAAUGCCACAUCUGACCACAGCCGUGUGGGGGCUGGGUGGAUAGAAUGGGCCACUCUGAAGCUUUUGAUCAUUUUCAUUUUUGUAAAUCAAAUCAGUCAGCGAGAGGCUCCCCAUUCAUUAAUCUCAGAUAAACUGUUUCCCUGCCUAUUCAUUAACUGAGAGACACAGUAUCCAGCAGCACUGCUUUAAGUCACUCUCGGAUGAAAAAGUUAGCCCCUUGAAAAGGAGAUUUAAUACUCUCCCAGUACUGGAAACUGAAGUUUUUUUCAGGGUGACUCCGUCCCACCGAGGGACCAGCUCAGUCUCCCCCACGGAGAGCUCAACCCUGCAACUGUGGUACUAAGACUUUAAGAGGGAGACCUCGUCUCAUACUCUGAAGAAUUUCACCGGAUUUUUUCUCCCUCAAGAGCAGGGAGGCAUUUUUCCAAAGAAUGGGGGACUAUGACGAAGACACUGCAUUUCUCAAACAGACUGGUCCUUAUUUCUGGACCACAUUCUUCCUGUUAAACACAGUUUUUGUCUCAACUGGAUUCAACGGACUUUACAUUGUAUUCAUUGGGGCAGCGCCGAAACACCACUGCCUCAUCCCAGAUGUUAACUUAACUGAGGAGUGGAGAAAUGCCAUCAUUCCAUUCACGAUAGCGGAUGGUGAGGAGGUGAAGAGCCAGUGCAGCAGAUACAAGCUGGAUGUGGUGAGGAAUCUCUCCGCUGAGGGAUAUAUUCCUGGAAGGGAUGUCAACCUCACCAGCCUGGAGCAGGAGGGAUGUUUGGAUGGAUGGAACUACAGCAACGAGAUCUACAAAUCCAACAUAGUCACUGAGUGGGACCUUGUUUGUGACAACCAGUGGAAAGUUCCAUUUGCAUCCUCAACACUCUUUGUGGGAUAUCUCCUCGGGUCCCUAAUCUCUGGCCAACUUUCUGACAGGUUUGGGAGGAAGAAGAUUAUUUUCAUGUCUCUUGCCGCACAGUGUGUCUCUGUCCUGCUUCAGUCCUUCUCUCAUUCAUGGAGGAUGUUCUGCAUCAUGUUCCUCUUUGUUGGAGCCUCCCAGAUUUCCAUCUAUAUUUCUGCAUUUGUACUAGGAACGGAGGUGUUAAGUAAAACGAUGCGAGUAGUCUUCACAACUCUCGGUGCCUUUCUUUUCUACUGCAUUGGGUACAUGACUCUACCCUGGAUUGCCUACGGCAUCAGAGAAUGGAGGACUCUUCUUGCUGUUCUCUCCAUGACUUCUGUGGUCUACAUCCCGUUGUGGUGGUUCAUCCCAGAGUCUCCUCGGUGGCUGAUCACUCAGGGGCGAGUGAAGGAGGCCGAGGCCAUCGUGAGGGAUGCUGCAAGGAAGAAUAAAGUUGAAGCCCCACCAGUAAUUUUUAAAGACCCUGAGCUACAGACGAUGCCUCCAAGCAGGAAAUACACCAUGCUUGAUAUCAUGAAAUCCAAGAACAUCAGAUGCAUCACACUGAUGUGUCUCCUUUUGUGGAUGGCAAUAAACAUUGGGUAUUUUGGAUUAUCCCUGAACACCUCCAACCUGAGCGGCAACCCUUUCAUGAACUGUUUUUUAUCAGCUACCUCUGAGGUCCCGGCUUAUGUUGUUUCUACUUGGCUGCUAAAGAAAUGUCCAAGAAGAGCACUUCUGUCAACGUUCCUCGUCAUCGGAGGAGGAGUUCUUCUUCUCAUUCAGUUCAUCCCUGACACCCUUCAAUAUGUUUCUCUGACACUGGAAAUGACUGGAAAGUUUGGCUUCACCAUGGCCUUCAGCAUCGUCUACAUCUACACCGCCGAGGUUUACCCCACAGUACUCAGGAACGUCGGCAUGGGAAUGUGCUCAUCUGCUGCACGCAUUGGCAGCAUCACAGCUCCUUAUGUCAUCUAUUUAGGUACGUAUAAUAAGGUUCUGCCUUAUAUUCUCAUGGGAAGUCUCACAAUCGCCUCCUCUGUGGUGAACUUCUUCCUUCCGGAGACUCUCCACAGGGAUCUUCCGGAAACUGUGGAGCAGAUGCAGGAAUGUCAGGGGCUGUGCACUGGACCUCAAAAGAAGAAGUAUGUGGAAAAUGUAGGAAGUGGGAAUCCACCUGCACAACAUGAAGCCAAAUCUGACAUGCAGACUUUUUCUCCAUAGUUUUGUCAGUGGCCUGGUUUCACUUUUAAGACAGGCAGACAGACAGAAAGAGUGAAAAUACAUUGUUCUUGCUGCCAAGAACUGUUGGUUUUUUAUGAUUUUUUUAAACAAAAAAUUAUAAAAAUAUUUUUUUACUCAGUUGACGCUGGCUAAUUCAAGAUUUUUUUUUUUUGUUUUAGAAAUAUUACAAAGAAUUGACACAUUUUUAGAUCUUAAAAAUUUUGUACAAAGUUGAAACUCCUGUCUGAUCGGUCUUGACUUUCUGUCAAUGCAAGUAAUUAAAAUAUGAACUCUCUUUAUGCACAGUGUGAGUUGUUGUCUUUUACACAACAGAUCAUGAAUUAACUUAUGUCUUUUGUGUGUUAUGAUUAUGUAAGCUGUUUUCACUGAGCAGUGGUUUGGCAUUUUGAGAAACACUUGAGAAAAAUGACUACUCUGAGAUCAAUACAGUCAAUAUAAGGUUACUGCCCACAUCCAAAUAGCUUAGCUUAGCAUAAAGAUGGAAAUGGGUUGAAACAGCUAGCAAGACUCUGCCCAAAUGAAACAAACAUCCAUCUAUGAGCUUCUUUAAAGCUCACUAGUAACACAAUUUGUCUUGUUUGCUUAACAGUUGCAUUAAGCUCAGUUUACCUAAUGUGGACUGAGCAAAGUACUGAAAUGAAAAGUCAAAGUUGGGUGAGAGAGAAUUUAUUUCCCACUAGGUUGGUGUCAACAGACAAUGCUGUGAUGCUGUUGCAUCAAGAAUCUCUGAAGACCCUAGAAGAGUCAGCUGAGAUAACAACUUUUGGACUCAUGUGAAUUCUCCUUGUGAGCUAAAAAUGUUGAAUCUAUGCCUGUGAAUAUGAGUUAUACUGGUUUAAAAAGGUAUACAGACAAAUCGUGUGAUAGAAAAUGUAUUUUAGAGCCCACUACAUGUCAUAAUGGCUUCAAAAUCCAAUCUAACCAGAGACACAGCUCUGGUUAGAUUGUUUUGAAACUGCCGUAUAAAUGUUUUCAAGUUAGGACAUUUUUAUUGUGUUUUAUUGUGCUUAUCUAUCUGCAGUUGUGCCAUUAAAUAGUGUCCUGUAGUAUGUAACAUUCCUGUGGCAAUGGCUAUAAACCAUGCCUACCAAACCAGAUAUUGAGUUGAGUGGGAAUGCUCACAAAUAUUGAAUACAAAAUGAGUGUCCCUGUGUGAAUUUUGAUGAAUUACAAGCCCGUUUAAUUCAUUGUAUUUUUUUGUCAAAGCUGAAUUAAAAAAUUCCUCGCGGACUCAGAAGACCACAAA